GCCGAGAUCUCCAGCAUGGGGAGGGGAAGGAUUGAGAUCAAGAGGAUCGAGAACAACACGAGCCGGCAGGUCACCUUCUGCAAGCGCCGCAACGGGCUCCUCAAGAAGGCGUACGAGCUCUCCGUCCUCUGCGACGCCGAGGUGGCGCUCAUCGUCUUCUCCAGCAGGGGCCGCCUCUACGAGUACUCCAACAACAGUGUGAAGGCUACUAUUGAGAGGUACAAGAAGGCACAUGCCGUUGGAUCCUCAUCUGGGGCCCCACUCUUAGAGCUCAACGCCCAGCAAUACUACCAGCAAGAAUCCGCGAAACUGCGGAACCAGAUCCAGAUGCUGCAGAACACUAACAGGCACUUGGUUGGUGAUUCGGUGGAAAACUUGUCACUUAAAGAACUGAAGCAGCUUGAGAGCCGCCUCGAGAAAGGCAUUUCAAAGAUCAGAGCAAGGAAGAGUGAGCUGCUGUCUGCAGAGAUCAAUUACAUGGUCAAAAGGGAGACUGAGCUCCAGAAUGACCACAUGAACCUCAGGACCAAGAUUGAGGAGGGAGAGCAGCAGCUGCAGCAGGUGACCGUGGCCCGGUCUGCCGCCGUGGCCGCCGCCAGUGCGGAGCUGAACCCAUUCUUCCAGAUGGACACCAAGUGCUUCUUUCCCGCCGGCCCCUUCGCGGGGCUGGACAUGAAGUGCUUCUUUCCGGGAGGCUUGCAGAUGCUGGAGGCACACCGCCAGAUACUCACCACCGAGCUCAACCUCGGCUACCAGCUGGCGCCACCGAGCGGCGACGACGGCAUCAAUAAUCCUCAUCAGUUCUAA